CGGCGGCGGCGGCGGCGGCGGGAGAAGAUGGUGGCGCUGGAGGUCGGAGCGGCUGGAGCGGAGCGUCAUUCCCAGGCUUGGCCCCCGCGCUGUCACUAGCGCCGCCUGCUCCCGCGGGCCCGCGGACCCAGCUGUCAGGCAAGGUGCCGCCGCCGAGGGACGGGUGGAGCAAAAUGAGAGCAGCGCAGUGAGGCGGCCCAGCCUGUCUCCCAGCCGGCCCGACGCCCACCAUGAACCACUUGGAGGGCUCCGCGGAGGUGGAGGUCCCCGACGAGGCGGCAGGCGGGGAGGUGAACGAGUCGGUGGAGGCUGACCUGGAGCACCCCGAGGUGGAGGAGGAGCAGCAGCAGGAGCAGCAGCAGCAGCAGGAGCAGCAGCAGCAGCAGCACCCCCCGCCGCCCCAGCAGCAGCAGCAGCAGCAGCAGCAGCAGCAGCAGCAGCAGCAGCGCCAUGCGGGCCGCCCCGUGCGCGGGCGCCCUGUCGCCGCCGCCGCCGAGGACCCCCGCGCCCCGCCGGGCCCGCCGGAGGAGGAGGAGCGCGGGGAGUGCCUGGCGCGCUCGGCCAGCACGGAGAGCGGCUUCCACAACCACACGGACACGGCCGAGGGCGACGUGAUCGCCGCGGCCCGCGACGGCUACGACCCCGAGCGCGCCCAGGACCCCGAGGACGAGAGCGCCUACGCCGUGCAGUACCGGCCCGAGGCCGAGGAGUACACGGAGCAGGCGGAGGCCGAGCACGCCGAGGCCGCGCACCGCCGCGCGCUGCCCAACCACCUGCACUUCCACUCGCUGGAGCACGAGGAGGCGGUGAACGCGGCCUACUCGGGCUACGUGUACACGCACCGGCUGUUCCACCGCGGCGAGGACGAGCCCUACGCCGAGCCCUACGCCGACUACGGGGGCCUCCAGGAGCACGUGUACGAGGAGAUCGGGGACGCGCCCGAGCUGGAGGCGCGCGACGGGCUGCGGCUGUUGGAGCAGGAGCGCGCCGCGGCCGCCGCCUACCGCCAGGAGGCCCUGGGCGCGCGGCUGCACCACUACGACGAGCGCUCGGACGGCGAGUCCGACAGCCCCGAGAAGGAGGCCGAGUUCGCGCCCUACCCGCGCAUGGACAGCUACGAGCAGGAGGAGGACAUCGACCAGAUCGUGGCCGAAGUCAAGCAGAGCAUGAGCUCGCAGAGCCUCGACAAGGCGGCCGAGGACAUGCCCGAGGCCGAGCAGGACCUGGAGCGCGCCCCCACCCCGGGCCCGGGCGGCGGCCGCCCCGACAGCCCCGGGCAGCCGCAGGUGCCUCCGGCCGGGCAGCAGCGCGCGGCGGGCCCGGGGGGCGAGGCGGGGCAGCGCUACAGCAAGGAGAAGAGGGACGCCAUCUCGCUGGCCAUCAAGGACAUCAAAGAGGCCAUCGAGGAGGUGAAAACCAGGACCAUCCGUUCGCCUUACACCCCCGACGAGCCCAAAGAGCCCAUCUGGGUCAUGCGCCAGGACAUUAGUCCCACCAGGGACUGCGAUGACCAGAGGCCGGUGGACGGAGAUUCUCCGUCUCCUGGCAGCUCCUCCCCCCUGGGUGCAGAGUCUUCAAGCACACCCCUCCACCCCAGCGACCCCGCGGAGGCCUCCUCAAAUAAAGAGUCAAGAAAAAGCUUGGCUUCAUUCCCCACCUACGUUGAAGUUCCCGGACCCUGUGACCCCGAGGACUUGAUCGAUGGGAUCAUUUUUGCUGCCAAUUACCUUGGCUCCACCCAGCUGCUGUCAGACAAAACUCCCUCCAAAAACGUGCGCAUGAUGCAGGCCCAGGAAGCCGUGAGCAGGAUCAAGAUGGCCCAGAAAUUAGCCAAAAGCAGAAAGAAGGCUCCUGAAGGUGAAUCUCAGCCAAUGACCGAGGUGGAUCUCUUCAUUUCUACCCAGAGAAUCAAAGUAUUGAAUGCCGACACACAGGAGACGAUGAUGGACCACCCUCUGAGGACCAUCUCCUAUAUAGCAGACAUCGGGAACAUCGUCGUCCUGAUGGCACGCAGGCGAAUGCCGCGCUCCAACUCCCAGGAGAACGUGGAAGCCUCCCACCCAUCCCAGGAUGGAAAAAGGCAGUAUAAGAUGAUUUGCCACGUCUUUGAGUCUGAGGAUGCCCAGCUGAUCGCACAGUCCAUUGGGCAGGCAUUCAGCGUGGCCUACCAGGAAUUCCUCAGGGCCAACGGGAUCAAUCCUGAAGAUCUCAGCCAAAAGGAAUAUAGUGACCUGCUCAACACCCAGGACAUGUACAACGAUGACCUGAUCCACUUCUCUAAGUCGGAGAACUGCAAAGAUGUAUUUAUAGAGAAGCAGAAAGGAGAGAUCCUAGGCGUGGUGAUCGUGGAGUCUGGCUGGGGUUCCAUCCUGCCAACCGUGAUCAUAGCCAACAUGAUGCAUGGGGGCCCUGCUGAGAAAUCAGGGAAGCUGAAUAUCGGGGACCAGAUCAUGUCCAUAAACGGCACCAGCCUGGUGGGCUUGCCUCUGUCCACCUGCCAGAGCAUCAUUAAGGGCCUGAAGAACCAGCCCCGGGUGAAGCUGAACAUCGUGAGGUGUCCUCCAGUGACCACCGUGCUGAUCCGGAGACCGGACCUUCGCUACCAGCUGGGUUUCAGCGUCCAGAAUGGAAUCAUCUGCAGCCUCAUGCGAGGGGGGAUAGCCGAGAGAGGCGGCGUCCGCGUGGGACAUCGGAUCAUUGAAAUCAACGGGCAGAGCGUGGUGGCCACCCCACACGAGAAGAUCGUCCACAUCCUCUCCAAUGCCGUGGGGGAGAUCCACAUGAAGACGAUGCCGGCUGCCAUGUACAGACUGCUGACGGCCCAGGAGCAGCCCGUUUACAUCUGAGGCCGCGACCCGCCUGGCGGCUUGCAUGGAGGACUGUCCUCACUCGUGGUGUGUUUCUCGUGCUGCAUCUGUGUGCCCACUGAGACAUUUCCCUCUCACGCCCAGCACCGGUUCGACACAGAAAGAGAAUCCACAGACCUCUUUGCUCUUUCUCUCUCCAGUUUGCUUUUUUUUUUUUUUUCUGUAAUGCCAGGGAAGUUUCCUACGCAGUGCCCUGAGGAUAGGCAGCAGCCACCCCCACUAGGUAUCUGCCCAGCCCAGGACCAUCCUGAAGGGCCCUCGGGGGUCCCCAGGGGGGCCGUCACUGCUCCCAGGGAGCCCCCCCUUCCCAAGAGGAGCCGGCCUCUUAGGAAGCACCCCUUGGGGCAGGGACAGAGCUGCCUCAGUGGUGCCGACCCUGGUCCUGGCGCUGCUCCUUCGGUCACCGUGUGGGAAGGUGGUGUCUCCGCAGGUGACACCCGCUGCGUCUUUAAGGGUUACCCUGCCCACCGACUUGGGGCGCCACACAUCUCCGCCCAGAAUUUCUGAGCCAACCUUUUGCCUCUUCUAUAGCUAGUUUUAGUUUCGACACGAUUGUGUUUUUUAACGUGAGCCUUCUCCCCCAUGGGUCGAAGGGGAGCUGCCUGGGCCCGGGCAGCGUCUCACGGCAGAGAGCUCAGCGCCUCCCGGGGCGGCCUCCCCGGGCCGCCGCCCCCAGGUUACCCACCAUCAGAUAAACAGGGGCAGGUCCUCCCUCCCUCCCUGCCCGCCGCACACGUACGUACACGGUCUCUCCUGUGCGUGUAGCUCACCCUCGCCUCCUCCCACCACCGGUGAGGCACACAGAGCCCCUGGAAACCCCACAUGGCCUCUCCGUGAGGCCCUCCCCCGGCAGGUGAGGCCUGCAGGGGCUGCCCCGUCCCGAGAGAGAUGCCCCCCUCGGGGGCUGAGGCCUGGCUCCGCGGGCACCACCGCAGCCGCGGCUCAGGGAGCGCAGGGGGCCUCCCCUCGUGCCCCCCACUCCGCAUACGUGCUGGGAGUCUGGGAAGGCCGGACUGGUGCCCUUUGAGGAAGAGGGUGCAGGUGCUGUCAGGGCUUCCCGGCCCCAGGCAGGCCCAGCUUUCUUCUCUGCUCAGGGUCACUGAGGCAGGAUGUGACAUCUGAGAGGCCAGAAGAGUAAGCCACGAAACUAAGCCGGCAGGAAUGACCUCACACUAUGCCUAAGAAUCCCCGAGUGCGUCCUGGAGACGUCAUCUUGCUGCCUCGCGGGUCUGGGCGAGCUCUGGCUUGGGUGGCGUGGCGCCUUACGUGUUUCCAUCAGGUGCCUCAUGUCACAGGUUGUGUCUUGGUUCAGCACAGGUGUUUUCGUGAUAUUAUUCUGAGCCACUUUUCACUUCUCCUGGGUCCAAAGAGCAUUUUGUUUUCGUGUGGGCGGGGACGGGUUGGUUUGGUUUGUUUUGUUUCGUUUCAUGACCUCAGCAGAGACGGGGCAAGAGAAACUAAUAUAUUUUGUGAUAUUAAUAUAGUCCCUGCUCUCUGCACCGGGGAUAUUUAUGUUGUGUGUCUGUGGAAAUAGGCAUUCGGCGAGCACAUGUUGGCUAGUGUGUCUGUAGGUGUGGAAUGGAGGGACUCCGGGGAGAAGGAAAGGGAGCGUAGGAAGAUGGGAAGCGGAGGCCGCGCCCGAGCACCGUGCCUGCGGCCACCUCCCUGGGAUCCCUGUGCCUCCUGUUUGCCGCUGAGAGUCAGGAGAGCCGCAUGUUCCAAACAAGCCCUAAGGGACGGGGGUUGCUGCUCCCCGAACGAAUGUCCUCUCGGGGGCGGCGGGGGCGUGGACAGUCCGGGACCCCUGGACUUUCUUUUCAAGGAUGCUCAGCCCCACGGCCAGCCCACCGCAGCAGCCAGAAUCACGGCCUCUGGAUCUCAGUUACCAAACCACAGGGUGUCUGACAAUAUAAAGAACUAAAGAGUCAGGCCCCGGUCCUUCCUCUGCCAAAAAGAACGGGUAAAAGAGUGGGAACAAAGCAUUAUUGGUGUAUUUUCGGCAUCAGGAGCCUUGGAAAAUCAUGGGAGGGGGGCGCAGGCCUGUCUGCUGUCGGGGGGCCGCUCACGCCGCCUGCCCAGCGCCUGGACGGAGGCCUGUCCACGACGGUCCAGCAGACGGGAGCUCCGCUGGCACGUCCCUGUGCAGCCCCCCGCCCCCCAACGUCGUUGCAAUGAAGCAUCUUCACCCAAAGGACGGGAGAGAGAGCACAGGUGGCACAAAAACUUUGGAACGUUUGACAAGUCCCGGAAAAGCCAGUGUGUAAGCUCCCCCCACCCCCGAAGACCAGCAUCCUUUAGCGUCACAGUGAGGUGGUUUACCCACCGCGCACCUUCUGUGAAUGAACGCGGCUGCGCACACCCAGACAGCGCGUGUGCCCGGAGCUCCUACAGGUUUGCCUGGCUGUGGAGUCUGUUCGUUGCCCUGCUCCCAUCUGAUGGAGGGAGUGACCCCCCCCUUUGGUGAACCAAGGAGGCAGGAUCUUAAGUGUCAGUAACUCCGUUUUGGAAAAUCCCGUGGGACGUGGUGGCCUCCUUCCCUCUGACACCCCGAUAUAUAUAGUUAUAUAUGUAAAUAUCUGAAUACCCCCGAUAACGGGGAAGACCAUGUACAGAGCAGCCUUCCCAAACGGGGCCCAGGCAAAAAGCCACUCUUGCUGCUUGGCUGGGACAUGCUGGUGACUCAGCUUUGGGGACAGAUUCUCAGGUGCGCCUACCCGUCCUGGUCCAGCCGGGAUGCUCCAGAGCGCAUCCUGUCUCUGCCUUCUCACCUGGGAGCAUUUCAGGGAGCCACCAUCAGCCUUGGGUUCACGAGAGGAGGAGGCCCGCCCCCCAGAGACCAAGACCUGGAGUCCGCUCCCUCCCCUGAGCUGUCCCCACGGGGCUUGGAGCACCCGCCCCCCCGCCCCCCACGGGACCCCGGCCUCCGAGCCUCUGCGCGCAGGCCUGCGUCUGGACAUUGCCCACCAACACCGGCCUCGGAGAGUCCCAGAGUAACCUACUACCUCCCCCAUCGCCCCUGCCGCCCCCAAGGCCCCCGCCCCCCGUUCGCACUCAACACCCCCCACCAUCCGCACCCUGAAAACCCACCCACGAGCCCUUCUCGGGUCCCGCGGCCCAGUGGUGUGGCUGUUACCAAUGUUUACAACCAAGGGCCACCUCCUUUUAGAUAUGUUUACUCUCCCACGUCCAAGGCCGCUUGCUGGUUUUGAGUUUCGUGUCCAUUUGCUCCUUCCCUGGUUCGGGCCAACUGGAGCACACGACCUGACUCCUGGCACCCUCCCCCGACCCCCUCCAUCAAGGCAGUGCGUGAGGACCACGUGGGAAGGAAAUUUCUUGUACAUAUUCAGCACAGUCCCUAGAGUAUGAACUUGUACUAUUGUUCUGUAAAGAGGGUGAAAUAGAGCUUAUUGUAAAGCUUGGGACAAGUAGAGUAUUGUAUUUGUAACAAUAUCGUUCUUUGUAUACACAAAACUCAAUGAUCUCUCUAUAUAAAUAUAAAUUAUAUAAAUAAAAUAUAUAUACACGUGAGCCUGGAAUGUUGGCGCCACACACCCACUGAAUGUAGCUCCUCUGCGAGUCCCCGGCCCGUCCCCCCUCCCCCCCGCUGUACUGUUUUGGGGGUUGUGAUGUAUUCGGUCUGUUUUCUUCCUUUAAUUGAACGCUAAUGUCUGUAAGAGUUGCUGCACAAUAAACAAAAACAUCACCUCUUGG